GGCGCUCGGCGCUCGGCUGGCCGUGCCUGGCGCAGAGGCGGGCGCCAUGGGGGCCGCGGGGCCGUGCGCGGUUUGCGGGGCUGACGGGGCGGGCAAAUACCGCUGCCCGCGCUGCGCCACCGCCUACUGCUCCGUGCCGUGCUGCAGGACCCACAAGGAGCGAUGCACGCCGGAGCGAGCCGAGAUCCGGGUGGCUGAGGGUGUGCGGGGCUGCGGGGAGGCUCGGCCCCGGUACAGCCCCGCAGGCGGGCCCUGCUCCGUAGAGGACAUCCUGGCCGAAGGGGAGGAGCAGGACCGCGUCCCGCUGCAGAAGCUCCAGCUUUUAGGGGAAUCAGAAGAACUGAGAGGCUUGCUUCUGAACCCACAUCUCAGGCAGCUACUGCUGACAGUCGAUCAAGCAGAAGAUAAAAGCUCCCUCAUGAAAAAGUACAUGCAGGAGCCAUUAUUUGUUGAAUUUGCAGACUGCUGUUUGAGAAUUGUGGAACCUCCAGAGAAGGAGAACAUUAUGCCUGAGUGAGCUGCCUUGGGAACAUUUUUCUUUCCUUGAGAAUUUUUUCCCACUGACGGAAGAAAUCUAACAACUGGGCUGCAGCGAUGCACCAGUCUAUGUCAUUCCUGAAGGUUUGGUCACAGUUUGCUCAUGGAUGUCAGUGCUCUUAUUUUCACCUUAGAGUUGAUAAACAGUGACAUAGUCAGUGACAGGUAGAUUUCUGGAUAUAAGGAAGUCAACUUGAUAUUCUGUGUACUUGCCUCCUCUUUCUAUAAAAAUACUGUCAACCAUGGGAAACAUUGCUUCCCAGUAACAAUUAAAUAUAUUUGCAUUUAUUUUAAUUCACAAA